GUAAAAACACAUCUAUUCCGUCGUCGAAGGACAACAAAACUCCAACGUUCAAUUUUCUCCUUAACCGGAAAAGGGCACCAACUGCUGUAAAUAGAAAGAGUUUCCCAAGGGUUCAAAAUCUAAAGAAGAAAACGACUGCGAGAAAAUGUUUAGUUUUCUCGAGUAAAUGAGUCCCACAAAGACUCAAAGAGAAAAAUAGUCUACUCAGAAAUAUUGUCAGAGUAAUGGCUGCAGUUGCAGGGAGAUUGAGAGGAAUCAAAAUGGCUUUAAAAAAGACACUGCCGAUGUCUUCUAAUCAAUCUCUAAGAGCAGAGACCACUGCUUGCCUUGCUACAUCUGCAGGACAGUUUCAAGAGAAGGAAAAAUGGAGGUGGUUAGAUUUAUUGCUUUUUAUUCCAGGGGCUGCAACUUUUGGAUUGGGAACUUGGCAACUCUUUAGACGUGAGAAGAAGAUAGAGCUCCUGGAGCAUAGAAAAAAGAGGUUGGAGCAAGAUCCUGUUCCUCUGUCUAAUUUUCUUUCGAAUGCUUCAAAUCCUCAAGCAGAGGCCAAUAUAAACUCUUUAGAGUUUAGGAAGGUGGUCUGUAAAGGUGUUUAUGAUGAGGCUAAAUCAAUUUAUGUUGGCCCUCGUUCAAGAAGUGUUUCUGGAAUAACAGAAAAUGGAUACUAUGUAGUGACACCUCUAAUGCCCGCCCAGAAGAACAAUGAAAGUGUGCAGUUACCUUUACUAGUUAAUCGAGGAUGGGUCCCACGUAGUUGGAGAGACAAAUCUUCUCAAAGCCCAAAAGAUGCCACACCACUCUCAAACACAACUUCAACUGAAAAAGGAAAAGCUAAAGGAGAUUCUUGGUGGAAAUUCUGGUUUAAACAACCUGCUAUCGUGAAGGAUAUGGACACCGAUCAUGAUGAGGUAAAAGUGAUUGGUGUGAUACGAGGAAGUGAAAACCCAAGUAUUUUUGUGCCACCAAAUGAUCCUGAAUCUGGUCAGUGGUUUUAUGUGGAUGUGCCAGCUAUUGCCCGGGCAGUUGGACUUCCUGAGAAUACAUUUUAUGUAGAAGAAAUUGAGGAAACAGUUGAUGCUAGCAAUCCAUAUCCCAUUCCUAAGGAUGCAAGUACAUUUGUUCGUUACUCGGUUAUGCCACAAGAUCAUCUGAACUAUGCACUAACCUGGUAUACUCUAUCAGCUGCAACUACCUUUAUGGCAAAAAAGAGACUGCAGAAAAAAACAUUUCGAAAAUAAGAUGGUCUGCCGUAGAGCUUAUUUUGAGAUCCUUUUCGCAGAGAUUGUUCUAAUAAUUUGGUGAGCACUAAUGUAGUGUGAUUUAGCAAUAUGCUGUAGAAAAUUCAAUGUUUGAGCAUAUGCUCUUAAAGUAGGCAGAGAUGGUAGAUUUUUGUGAUGUUUAAUAUGUGAGAGUCUUUUGGUAUCCAUCUCAAUGCCUAUACAUAAGUAUCUUGACUCAUCAAAUUUUGUUCUAUGUACAAAGUGGUAUUUAUACUUUGUUUUUCUACUUUUAAAUCUUUUGGCGUAGAAAAGGCCAAGUUUUUGGCGCA